AUGAGUAUCGGUAUUGACUUUGGCAAUUCCUUCACCCGUGUGGCUCUUAAAAAGGAAGGUGAAGCUCCACAAUUACUUAAUAUUGAUGGUGAACUCAAAGAAAUGCCAUCAUUUGUUUAUAUUAAACCAGAUGGUGUAUUAGUUGCAGGUUCAGAGGCUAAGAGCCAUGCAGAAGCCGAACCAAAGAACACCAUCAACAAUAUCAAACGCUUUACAGGCGCUAGCUAUUCAAUUUGUGUUCAAGAAGGCCAGCCAUACCCAUUUGAGCUUGUCAACGAGAACAACAAGGAUCAACAUGCUGCUGUUGGCUGCACAAUCAAUGGAGAAAAGAAAGUUUACACUGUUUCUCAACUCCUCAACUCAAUUUUCCAAAAAGUUGCUCAAAAUCCAGAAUUAGCUGACAAGAAAGUUGUUUUAACUAUUCCUCCAUACAUGAGCAUCGUACAGCGCGAAAUUAUCAAGAAAGCUGCCAAAGACGCAAAUCUCAAAGUUAUCGACGUAGUUUACGAGCCAUUUGCUGCCAUUGCAGCCUACGCUGAUAAGAUUCCAGAUGGUGUCCGUAACAUCGUCGUAUUCGACAUCAGCCAGACAAAUACUGUUGUUUCAGUUUGCAAAGGCCGCAAGAACAGUCCACGUCUUCAGUCAUGGAGCGGUGAUGAUGUUGGUGGUGAUUCAUUUACAGGCGAUGCAACACAGUUUAUUUCCCGCGAAUUUAGAGUUACAUAUAAGCAACCAAUCAAAAACAACCAAGAGGCCAUGGAUAAGCUUUUCAAGUGCAUAGACGAGGCAAAAAUCAAAUUACUAGAUAGCGAAACUGUCGAAAUGUCUGUUCCUCAGAUUCUUCCUGGAAUUGACUACAAAGACUCAAUGGACCGCGAGAAGUUCGAUUAUAUGAUAGAGGACACACUCGGAACUGUUAUGGAAAUCGUCGACAAAGCCCUCGAAGACGCUAAAAUCGCAAAGAAAGAUGUAACAGAUGUAAUCGUUUGCGGUGGAACAGCUCGUCUCCCAAGAAUCGCUGAUGUCGUUGAACAACACAUUGGUGUAAAGCCUGUUUCCGGAAUUGAUCCUGCUAAUGUUGUUGCUUAUGGUGCAUCAAUCCUUGCAUCACAAAUAUAA